CGGGCGGGGCUUCAUGUGAUUUUCUUUUCAGCUUCACUUUGUUAAGUUUGAGUCGCGCGGCGGAGAUCAAAGGAGUUGUCGAUCAUCCAGACAGGCGGAUAGAUGGAUUAAAAAGAAGCAGCUGGAGAAGGAUGGAGUGUGUGAGUGUGUGGUUUUUGUGCGUGUGCAUGUUGAAUGUGUGUGUUGGGACUCACUUGGAUAGCAGUGACAGUACCCACCUGGACGACAAGCCUUUGGAUCUGCCCGGCAACAGAGCUUCAGACCUGUGUGUCAUAGACCAGCAACUCUGUCACAACGAGGACUCGCUGCUCAGCUUUGAGGCGAUCUGCAGCAUCCACAAACUGAUGGACGACGACGCCGACGGCAGCGUGGACACCACCGAGACAGACGAGUUUCUCAGGGAGGACCUUCAGUACAAAGACUCCAAAGCCAAACAGAACAGCUUCCAUCGAGCCGACCUCCACAUCAGCGUGGAGGACAUGUGGAACGCCUGGAAGAGCUCUAUAGUGUACAACUGGACGGUGCCACAGGUGGAGGAGUGGCUGGCAGUCAGCGUGGAGCUUCCUCAGUACAGCGAAAGCUUCCAAAAACUUCAGCUGGACGGCCGAUCUCUGCCCAGGCUGGCAGUGAAGAACACCACCCUGACUGGGUCCCUGCUGAAGAUCGUGGACCGAGGUCACGCUCAGAAGCUGCAGCUCAAAGCCCUGGACACCGUGCUGUUCGGACCACCACCAGGUCUGCGCAACCGAUGGAAGGAUUGGGUUCUGGCCUUGUCCAUCCUGAUGGCCCUGGGGGGCUGCUGGUUUGCUUACGCACAGACCAGGAAGUCCAGAGAUGACAUGGGGAAGCUGAUGAAGGACCUGGAAGGUCUGCAGAGAGCUGAGCAGAGCCUGCUGGACCUGCAGGAGAAACUACAGCAGGCUCAGGAGGAGCAGCGCUGGGUCCAGGUGGAGAAGGUGAGGGUGGAGGAGGAGCUGAGGAGCGAGAUCGACUCGGCCAAGCACGAAGCCCAGCGGCUGCGGGAGCUGCGUGAGGGGACGGAGAAUGAGCUGAGCCGGCAGAAAUAUGCCGAGCAGGAGCUAGAACAGGUCCGAAUGGCGCUGAAGAAGGCAGAGAGGGAACUGGAGUCCCGGGCUCACUGGACCCCCCCAGAGGCUCUGCAGACGUGGCUGCAGCUGACGCACGAAAUCGAAGUUCAGUACUACAACUGCAAGAAGCAGAGCGCAGAGAGGCAGCUGCUGCAGGCCAAGGAGGGGGCAGAGAAGAUCAAGAAGAAGAGGAGCUCCCUGUUCGGAACCUUUCAUGUGGCCCACAGCUCCUCUCUCGAUGACGUCGACCACAAAAUCCUGUCUGCCAAACAGGCCCUGGCCGAGGUGACGGCGGCGCUGCGUGAAAAACUCCAUCGCUGGCAGCAGAUUGAAUCUCUGACGGGUUUCGCUCUGGUCCACAACCCAGGCCUGGGGGCUUUAGCCACAGCCCUCAACCUGGACCCGACCUUCCUGGGGCUGCGGCCCCCCACCCCCCAGCAUCUCCUACUCUCAGAUGACUUGGACGACAUGGACGAGGACAUCCUGUCUCCGGGGACGAUGCAGUACGCAGCGUGGCAGAUGGACCGGCGAGUGAGUGACCUUUGGCCUUUGAGUGGCAAUGCAGAGUCCCACUCACCAUGGAAACAGUCAGUUCAGAGCCUGAAGCCCCUGCGACAGAGGACUGGAGACUCCGUGCUGGCAUUCAGCUCUCAGAGGGACAUAAUGAACCGCUCAGACUCUGACUCCGCCCUCCCACUCACUCACAGCGAAUCACAGGGCCUGUCAAACUCCAAGCCCUACCUCCUGUCAUCCAAGCUCCACCUCCUUCAGGGACAGGGCUCCACCCUCACCAAAGGCGGAGGAGGAGGAGGUCUGGAGAAGAGCUCCAGCCUCGGAGAACUGCGGGGCAGCUCUUCCGGCGCCUUCAGCUCCUCCUGCUCCACGCGCUCCCUCGGCAUCGCUCCUGACGUGGUGGAGCGGCCGCUCGCCUUCUCCUCCUCAGCCUCGUCCAGCUCAUCUGGCAGCGUCAGGGGGCCGGGCAUCCAACCCACAAGCAGGAGGAGCCCCACGGAGGAGGAGGGCGGGGAGGAGAACGAGUUCUCCAACAGCCGAAAGAGGAACGCUUUCAACAAGAUCUUCAAGAAGAAGCAGGAACGCCACUGAAGCUCCGCCCUCCAUCCCUCUCUUCAUCCUCCUGGUACUCAGCUGAAGCUGAGGAGGAAGAAAGUAUUCAGUGGCACCAUAGAAGACAAACCAGAGAGGAGCAGGAAACAUCAAGAAUGACCUGUUCAAGUCUCAAACUUUCACAGAAAAGCAGCUUAAAGACUGCGGGUUUCAAACCAUCGAUUCAUAUUUAUUGAUCUUUUCCUCGACGUCGUUCUGCAGCUGACUUACAUUUAAUCUAUGACACAGAUUUGCUCUAAAAUAUUUUGAAGUCAUUUACGAACGAAAGCACCUUUGUACAAAUGUAUGAUAGAAGUAAUUUACAAGUAAAGGAGAACAAAUAAAUAAAUGAAGAAAACCUUGA